UUGGACGAGGUGUCUUUCCUCCUCCUCGACCCUCUUCCCCCUUACUUUGAUACUUGCUACCUUACCUAGGUAGCUAAAUAUAUACAAGUGCUACACUGCUACAGUUCAACGGAACACCACCUAUCUAUCAGUCUACCUACAUCAUUCAAGGUCACCGUCACGAUUUCACCAACGACAUGUCCAGCCCCUCCACGCCCAACCUGACCCUACGAGAAUCGUGAUCCAACGAGGCAUCUACGCUUCUCACACACCCCCGCCCCGGGCGACCGUCAUCCUUCGGGCUUCUGUUCUCCUCUCCACACUCCCCGUUCGACCAAACAGCUUCCACUGCUGCCCGAUUGACACCUCACCGAAAAAGGAAGAGAGAGAGAGAGAGAGAGAGAGAGAGAAAAGAAAGAAAAAAGCAAACAGGUGCCGUCGUCUACUUUUUCAGGGCGCACAACAAUCACCUCUGCACACCUGCAUGUGCAUGGCCGAUAUGCAACCCGUCAUCCAGGCCCAAUCAUCGCUCCGCGGCAUGCAUUGAAGCCACCCAUUCACAAGCAACCAGCUGUCCGGGUGCACCUCCUUCUCGACCCUCGAUUCCAACGACUCCCGCUCUCGAACCCAUCUCCAACUCCUCUUUCCUCCCGGAUGAGGCUGACGGCAGCCCGAUGGCCUAUCGAGAUGGCGCAGAGCUGCACAGGAGAACGAGCCGACGGCGGCACCCUCUCAGCCCGCCGCCCGUCGCACAUUAUGAUUGGCACCCCGCCGUCGAGACCGCAUUCGACCCGAUGCCAUACCGAAGGCCUAGAGACCUUAUACAAGGGCCUGACGAGAGGACUUCGACUUCGUCCAUGGGACGAAGCCGCUCAGUAAACACCACCAGCGGCGCGUCCGCCACCCUCGCAGCGACGACCAUGCCCAGGACCCCCAAACCAGCUCCCUAUAGGAGGGGGAGGGUGCCGGUCAACACUGACUAUGAUUCAUACGACGAUGAGUCGUCCGAGGGCGGUCGGAAGAGGGGGUGGGAGACCUCCAGACGUGGCCGCAGUCCGGAGCCACCCCGCCGCUCAAGGACGCGGCGUACCCACGACUCGAGGCGGUCGUCGCGCUAUUCGCGGUCUGCUUCCGAGUCGGAUUCGGAUGACGAGUCGGGGACGAGCGUCUCGACACGGGUGGAGGAGCGGGAGCGGGAGCGGGACCAGUGGCGAGGCAGGGACGGGGACGUUGAUUGGGACAGGCGAGAGAGGGAGAGGGAGAGGUGCGGGAAACCGGCACGCCAGACAGUCGUCGAGCGGCGCCGGCGGCCGGAGGACGACAAGACGCCCAAGCGCCGCAGGAAGAUCAAGAAGAUCAUCUACUUGGAGGAGGACGGAUCCACGGAGCCCACACCGCAGCAAUCCAUGGACGAGCGCAGCCGCUCGCCCCCGCGACAUCGUUCUCGCCUCUCACGACCACCGUCUGGGCGACACCCCUCAAGACAGCGCUCUGAGAGUCCGGCCCGGAGAUCGAGCCACCAUCGCCCCCCGCCCAAGGCGUACGAUAUCUCCAAGCCGCCCAGCUCCUCCAGGAGGCUGGCCUAUGAGACGUACCCGGCUCGGGGCGAUUCUGACUUGACCCCGAGCAGGCAUGCCAGGAGACGCCCAUCCCAGGUUGUGUAUCCAGAGACCCGCACAGUCCGCCGCUCCAACACCGCCUCAGGGGCAUCGCGUGUCACGUCGCGCACGCGCAGUACCACGUCGUCAAACAGGCACUCGUCUAGCUUUUUGGGCAAUCUACUCACGGGGAGCUCCGUUUCCCACUCAACCGAGAAGACGGCCAGAGCUGAGUGCGUCGUAUGCAUGGAUGAUUUCCCGUCAAGCAGAAUUUCAAAGCUCAAGUGCGGACAUCGAAUGUGCAGCGCGUGUUUGAAGAGACACUUCAAAAUCUCCAUCUCUGACCCGCAGGAAAUGCCCCCAAAGUGCUGUUCCGAGAACAUCGCCUUGAAGCACGUCGACCACCUGUUUUCGGCCGAGUUCAAGAAGAAGUGGAAUCGGAGGUUCCAGGAGUACUCGGCGCGAAACCGCAUUUACUGCCCUUCGAGGAAGUGUGGCGCCUGGAUCAAGCCGCACUACAUCCGCAGCGAAGGGGGCCGCAAGUACGCCAAAUGCGGCCAGUGCCGAACCAAAGUAUGCUGCUCAUGCAAUGGCCGGUGGCACUCGUCGAGGGAAUGCCCCAACGACGAGGAGACAACCCGGUUCCUGGACCAAGCCAAGGAUGAGGGCUGGAAACGAUGCUUCAAAUGCAACCACAUGGUCGAGCUCAAGGAAGGCUGCAACCACAUGAGAUGCGUCUGCGGAGCACAAUUCUGCAUGGUGUGCGGCACCAAGUGGAGGAAUUGCGACUGUCCUUGGUUUAACGAUGAGACAGCGGACGCGGACCAGCUUCGUGAAGUGCAACUGCCGGCUACAAUACAGCGCAUGGAGCGGAUGGACCUCGCCGAGAGUUCGAGGAGUGUGCGGCCAACGGUCGCCUCCAGCGUGCCGCCGCCGCCGCCGCCGCAGCCGUUGCGGCGGUCGCGGUCGCAAGAGUAUGACAGCAGCAGAUUGAUGCGGAGGUUCCAAGAGAACCGCGACCAAGAGAUUGCGCGGACGCUACAGAGUUACGAGGUUGACGAUGUCUACGACAGAGGAUACGGCGAUAUCGUCAGCAUCGGCAACCCGACAGGCCACUUCGUGAAUGACGACUAUCACCGAGAGGCGGACGCAUACGUAUCGGCACCUGUGCCUCCAGCGCCGACGCCACCGGCGGCUUUCGAAAGGCCGGCGCCGACGGACUACAUGUCGGGGGUCAACAGAGCGCGAGGCCUCGCUGAACGCUUCUCGGAGCUCCGUCCGGGCCCGGGUGGCUCCUGGCCGGGGAUGAUUGCCCAGCCGCCUGUACCGCCCCUACUAGGGCCGAUGUCAACCCCUCUUAUGGCAGCUCCGAUGGCAAUGGGACCCCCACCGCCGCUCCCGCUGUUAAGAAGACACACGAUGGAGGAGGAAAUGUACGACAGGACGGCGCGGCCAUCUGAAGGGAUGGUAUACGACUACGAAAGGGAGGCGGCGGUACAUGCGCCACGGAGCCGGAGACGAAUGCGAGAGGAGCCAAGGUCGUCGACGCUCGCCGGGCUGACGGGGGUGGGCCGGGGCAUGAACCGGGUGCAUGAAUGGCGAAACUAUGUGCGGCCGGGCAUGCCGGAGGGAGAGGCGUCCGCAAUGGGGUGAUACGACAAACAGCGAAACAAGUACUUGACGACAGAACAGGACUCAGGACACACCACGAUUUGAUGAAUCCCCAUUGCUCGGGUUUGUUUUUUUGGUUCAUGCUACAUGUAUCUGGGGGAGGGGGAGGCCGUUUGCCAUUCUUUCCAUGGGGUUAUGCUUGUAAUUCUAGGCGCGUGAUGAUAUAUCCUCGGGGCAGGGCGUGGGUUUAAGGUUUCUUGUGAGUGCAGUACGCAGCAUACAUAGUUAGUUGCACGGAGUAACGAGUGCACAUGAGGUCCAUUUGGCUUUUCGGUUUGCCGUUUCUCAUGUGAAGUCUGGGCCUCGGUCGGUUCGCGCUUGGUGGCACGGAUCGAGUCCCGGACGCCUCGGCGUCCGAUCU